UCAUACAGAGGCUGACGGGUACGAUUAUCAGAACACCGUUUUUGGAUCGUACCGUACUAAGAAGGUCGAGGAUGAGACGCCGAAGGAUGUGGCGGUGAUGUACGACGUGCUUUUCAAGGGGCAUGAGCCGGCACCCGUUGCCUCCAGCUCUGGGUCUGGCCAAAGUGCUCGGAAUAAAUUCCGGUCAUCUACAGAGCUUGUGAAGCAGAAACGAGCACAGGAACGCCACAAGACAAUUGUAAACAAAAUGACCCGAAAAGGGGGCCGUAUACCCUUAAAUCAGUACACCUUCUUGUGCUUGUUGGGGAUAGUAGGUUCGUUGGUGGCCCUACUGCAAGACCACAUCAUCGAUUGGCUAUGGCAAGGGCGCACGGCUCUGUAUCAGUUGUCGGAUAGUCUGGGCAUUCAGUUUCUGAUCUGGACCAUCUGGUGUGUGGCGUUUGCCCUCACAGCGGCGAUUGUGGUGGAACACGGUGCACCCCAGGCCAGAGGCAGUGGUAUUCCGGAGAUGAAGACUAUCAUUGCGGGCGCUGAGCUGAUGAAGUACCUGUCGUGGCGCACGUUCUUUUCGAAGAUGGUGGGGCUGGUGUGUGUGGUGGCGAGUGGUCUGAGUGUGGGCAAAGAGGGACCCUUUGUGCACAUGUGCAGCAUCUUGGCCAAUCAGCUCAUGGCAAUUCCGAACUUCGGUGACUGGAGCUAUCGCGCCGCUGUGAG